CGACAGCUGAACGCAACAAGACAACCCACAACGAUGAGGCUCUUGCGCUUGGCCGCCGUGUUUGCCUCUGUCUUCGCAUUCGAGGACACGUCGCCCUACAUUUUUGCUUCCACCUCUCAGCACCCAAUCAACCAGCACACCGGCUCAACCCUUUCAUCUGGCUCGUUCCGGCAGUCUGUGCUUGCUGCGCUGACAUGUGAAGCGCCAACGACCAUCAUUGCAGUACAGCCCUCAAUUCACGCUUCUGACUUUACGCACGACGCAGCGCCGCUCUUCAAGCAGACAGUUGAGUCGGCUGGUACGAAGCUGGUGGUGCCGUAUGGUCACGGAGAGGUUGACGUAGAGGAACUUGUGCUUCACAUUGCAGGCCAGUGUAAUGCGUUGAUUGAGCGAAUCACUGCCGGGCAUGGGUCGCAUCCCAUGUACACGGAUGAUGGUAUUCCACGCGUGCUGGUGGUGACCUUCCCUACAGUCCCAGAGAAGCAAGGACGUUUGGAAGCUUUGAACGAGCAUGAUGCGUUCUUGCACUCACUCAUUGCGUCUGUCCCAAGGCAGCAGUAUAACCUCAUCUACGUGUCGACGCCUGCUGCACCGUCCAAGGCGACUUACCGACGAGCUGUGCCAGACUUGUCUGCAUACAAGAGUCACAGCAACAGCACAGGUGGUCUCUUCUCACACUAUCAAUUCUUCACGCCGGGCAUCUUUAUGGGUUACAUGGCGCUCUUGUUGCUCGUGCCCAUCCUGAUUGUAGGCAUCAAGGCCAUCAGCUCACUGCAAAUCUCAUAUGGCGCUUUUGCUCCACCGAUGAAGGUCGGCAACAAGCAACAGUAGACAAUAGACAAGUUUUGAAAAUGAUGCUAUACAAGGAUUACUGAU